UUAUUUGUAUGCGGAACACGCGAACCUAAUUCCGAACAAGGCAAUUAUUUUCCGUAGCAUAGUAAAGAUAAUUGGCUGCCUUGUUUUUGACCGUUCACAAAUCUAUGUAAAUUAGAUUAAUUUGCAGUUUUUCGAUUUUUUAAAGUUUUAAGGCAGGUCGUUUCCCGGAAAGUGCAGUACAGUAGGCCUUGAUACACGUGUAAUCUUCGCUCAUUUAGGAGUACACAGUAUCUAGAUAAGCAAAAAUCAUGUUCGGCUCAUCGAGGUCUGGUGGGGUGAGAGGAGGUCAGGACCAGUUUAACUGGGAUGAUGUUAAAGUGGACAAACAUAGAGAAAAUUAUUUGGGAAAUUCUCUCAUGGCACCGGUUGGCCGUUGGCAGAAAGGGAAGGAUUUAUCGUGGUAUUCCAAAGAUAAAAAGGGAUGCACAUCCUUGACUAAAGAGCAGGAGAUGGCAGCGAUACGAGAGGCAGAACACGAGGCCAUGAUGGCAGCACUGGGGCAUAAAACCAUCAAACGAAAACCAACUGGACUUACCAAAGAGGAUCUAGUAGAUGUGUGCAGGAGAGAAGAUGAAGGAGAGGGGCGUGAUGUGGACAGGGUCUCUGGACUCGGAAGUUCCAGGUCUGGGGCAAAAGGAAUGUUGCUAUCGAAGCAAGAAAAAGAAGCAGUAAAAAUGGGUUUACCAGUUUUUACGCAUCACAAAGCUGCUGGACUGCAAGAACCUACCACUAAGGUGCCAGAUGAGACCACCGGACAUGAUGAAGAUAUAAGAUCUGAGACCAACAAGAAGAGCAAAAAGGAAAAGAAGAGUAAGAAAGAGAAAAAGAAGAAAAAAGAUAAAAAGAAACAUCACAGACGAGACUCAUCCUCAGAUUCUGACUUGGAAAUUGACCGUAAAAGGCGCAGAAAAGACCCCCGGGACCACCACGGCUCUAAUCCAUCAAGGAGCAGUCAGAGUGGAGCCGCAGCCCAUGACAGCCAUUCAGGAGGGCGGCCAAAGGCUGCCCGCAGGACCCCGACCCCCCCUCACCAGCAUCGCCGCCGACGGCACGACACGGACUCGUCCUCUGAUGGCCACCGUGCCGGACGAAGGUCCCAAACACAAAGCCAUAGGCGGCGCCACGACACUGACUCAGACGACUGAUGCCCUUGAGCCCACUUUUGCCCCUUUACGGGUAUGAUCAGCCCCUCUGUAAAACUCAGGUCAACUCAGGCCACAAGGCCUGGCAGAGAGAGUGCAGACAAAAUGCAGCAUGCUGUGUUUUUGGGUAACUGCCACUGUCGGUGUAGAGUACAACUUCUGCUGUCAGAUGAAAUUAGCCUGUAGUUUGUACACACGGAGUUCUCAUUUUGGACAACACAACUGCAUUACCUUUAGUUUCUAUGUACAGAAACAUCCUUGUUAAGGAGGAAUUAAACAAAAUUCGUCUACUUGUCAUGAUCAUAUUUUAUCCCAAAAUUCAACAAAGAAAUUAAGUAUGAUGCUUAUUUUAAGGAUAAAGAUUUUAUUUUCAAUAUUAUAUUGGUUUAUUGAACAAAUUCUGAAGACUGCAAUACAAUAAAUUGUAUUUUCAUAA